CAUGACUUGUAGAAUCCCCAGAGAGGCUGCGGGAGGCGCUCUAAGAACUCCCCGGGAGAUUACGCAGGGCUGAGGAAUUACCUACAUAGCAACUGCUGACGCGUUUCGUGCAGCCAAUCAGAAAAUCCGUGCGGCCGCCGGGCUGUCAGCGCUGUGUAAACGGAGAGGGCGGGGACACGCAGUCCGGGAGGAGGAGGAGGGUGUAGUCCGCUUGGUGUCUGUUGUUGUGAGUGGUGCGGUCGGGUGGGAUUAUUAUGGGAGCCGGGUGGGUGCAGCAGCUGCUGUGCCUGGUGCUGACGCUGUGGACGGCGGUACCAGGCUCUGCCUCGUCCCGGCACGGAGUGCACACCUUUGAAAUUCUCCAUGUUCUUUCCGGUAAGUGCCUUACAGCGGAGAAUGACCGCCUAUCAAUGGGAAAUUGCUCACAGACUAAUAAUUCGGUCUGGACAUGGGGCUCCAGUCAUCGCCUCUUCAGCCUGGGAUCCCAAAAGUGCCUUGGAGUCGACCUUUUUAAACCUCAGGAUUCCCUGAAGCUGGUUCCAUGUGACUCCACGCUAAUGUUGUGGUGGCUUUGCGAAGGUCGCGGUAUAAGCGGGGCCUCCGGAUAUGGACUAAUUGUAAAGAACGGAACGAUAACUGCAGCAGUGAAGACCAAAGAUGAAUGGAGUCAGAACGGCAAACCUGAAGCAAUAUGUGAUGUUCCGUACCAUGUUGUGUACACGACGGGUGGGAAUUCUAAUGGAAAACCCUGUGAAUUUCCUUUCCUUCACGAGGGGAACUGGUAUAAUGACUGUAUCUAUGACGCUGCCGAAAAUAAGGAGUGGUGCGUGACGUCUCAAAACUUUGAUGACAACGUCCUUGUGGGGGACUGCUUAAAACCAGUGAACGGCUGUCUUGGCACCUGGAAUCAGAGUUUGGCGCUCCAGCAUUGCUACCAGUUCAAUGUUAACUCCGUCCUGAAGUGGAAGGAAGCGUAUAGAUCUUGUCAGAGCCAGGGUGCCGAUUUACUGAGCAUAUCCGGUCCUGAAGAGUUGGAGUACAUUGUCGAAACUGAAGGUCUCCCAGAUUCCAUAUGGAUUGGCCUUAAUCGCCUAGAAAGCAGUGGUGGCUGGCAGUGGUCAGAUAAUAGCCCCUUGAAUUUUAUCAAGUGGGAUAAAGAUAUCUCUGCGUUUUCACUAAUUGAUGGGUCAAGUUGUGGAAAGCUGGAUGUGAACUCGGGUCAAUUUGAGAUCUUUCCUUGCGAUGCCGCACUGCCGUAUGUUUGCAAGAAGAGCUUAAAUGAGACAAAAGCAGAGCCUGUGGAUUAUUGGCAUUACUCUGAAACGGAGUGCACUGCAAACUGGACGGCAUACAAUGGAUUUUGUUAUGUGUCCCAAGAGGCCAUGACGUGGCAGGAAGCAGAACUUUCCUGUAGUAAGGAGAAUGCAAGUUUAAUAAGCCUUCAUUCUCUGGCAGAUAUUGAACUUGUGGUGACAAAGUUUCAAAAAGAAAAUGAAAAUAUCUGGUCUGGGUUCCAGAGCGAGUCGGUCACACCGCUUUUUAAGUGGUCUGAUGGAACGGAAGCGCAGUUCACAUACUGGGAUCAAAAUGAACCAUUACCUCCAUUUAAUGUGACUCCAAACUGUGUGUCCUUUUCAGGACAGACCGGUCGCUGGCAUGUGAGAAAUUGUUCGGAGACAUUGAAGUCCGUCUGCAGGAAGCCUGGUGUGGUAAAGAACGCCACCAACUCUGACUCGGGAUGUCCUCAAGAUAAGAACUGGAGGAAGCAUGGAGAAUACUGCUAUCUCUUUAACACGACUGAAGUGUUAUUUGAGGCGCGCUGCAACCUUAUUAUUACAAACAGGUUUGAGCAAGAAUUCCUGAACUCCUUAAUAAGAAAGCAAAGUAACAUUGAAGGGAAAUAUUUCUGGACGAGCUUAAGGGAUGCGAACGGGACUGGAGAUUACUAUUGGGAGACUGCGGACGGAACAAAAGACCCCACCUAUUCCAACUGGAACACCCACCAGCCAGCAUUAGCCGGGGGAUGUGUUGCUUUGGCCACUGGAGAAUCUCUCGGGAAAUGGGAGGUGAAAGACUGCAAAACUUUCAAAGCUUUGUCUAUCUGCAAGAAAAGGAUUGGAGAAACAAAAGAGGAAGAGCCCCCCAAACCUCCCCCCACCACGUGUCCUGAGGGCUGGAAGCCUGGAUCAGACCUCUACUGCUACAAACUGUUUCAUAAAGAGAGACUUCUGAGGCAGAGGACUUGGGCAGAAGCCGAGGGAAUUUGUGAAGAGUUUGGCGGCCAUCUUGUCAGUUUUUCACAUAUGGAAGACAUGAACAACUUGUAUUCAUUUCUAAAAUCUUUAUUGGGUAUCAGUAAUACACGGUGGGUCUGGCUGGGCUUAAAUAAAAGAAAUCUGGGAAAUUGGGAAUGGAGUGAUGGCCAUCCAAUCUCCUCUACAGUGCUGAGUGAGAUUCAGGAAGAUGACUAUUCUUUCCGGGACUGUGCUGCUUUUGAGAUUAAUGUACCAAAGCGAUCGUACUGGAUGGGGAUUAUGGACCUAUCUUAUGCUGAAACAAAUUUUAGACUAAAACCUUUCCACUGUGAUGCACAGCUUGAUUGGGUGUGCCAGGUUCCUAAAGGUACAACUCUGAGAACUCCAGAAUGGUAUCAACCAGAUUGGAAACAAAAAAUGGGUCCUGCAGUUAUCAUCGAAGGUGGCGAAUAUUGGUUUGUGUCGAAUCCCAAACUUACCUACAAAGAAGCUGCCUUCUAUUGUGCCAGUAAUGGCAGUGAAUUGGCAACUAUAGACUCUCUUUCUGCUAUGAAAAACAUACAAGAGCAAUUGCAAAAACAGUCAUCAUCUAAGUUUCUGGCAUUAUUGCAAAACUGGUGGAUUAAGUCAUCCGACUUCAGAGGUUACCAUCCGUUUGUGCUUUAUCGAGUGAUUGGCGCAGGUGCCAGGGAGUGCCACAGUAUUUCAGGUUUCAGCCAUUUUCCAGACCAAUUCAAACCGGCAAAUUGCUAUGAGAAGCUUCCGUUCAUAUGUAGAAGUCAGAACAUUUCUCUCCUGGAAAUAGUGACGACCAAAGUAGUGAACUCUUCUGGAAGCUGCCCACCGUCAAUGACAUUGUUUGGAAACAAGUGCUUUUUAAAAGUUCCUGACAAGAACCUAACGUUCUCUGAAGCAUCUCAGUACUGCAACACAUUUGGGGGCACUCUUCCUACAAUUUCAAACCAGCACGAGCAAGAUUUUAUCACCUAUUUGAGUAUAAACUUGAAAACGAAAUUCUGGAUUGGUCUUAGACUUGCCCUGAACGCUCACAAGAACACUUGGGUCGAUGGCACUGAUGUCACAUAUGUCAACUUCCAUCCGAUAUUACAAGGAAGACUGAAGAGGUUUCAGUAUGAUCAUUUUAACCAGGAGAAAAAUCAGCAAUGUGUGUUUUUCCUGAACGAUCCCAAAUCGUCAUUCAUUGGAGCCUGGGACUUCACAGCUUGUUCAGACCAGCAGUAUGUGACAAUCUGCCAAAGAAAUGCAGAUAAGAGCAACACAAGUACACAACUUGUGACACUAGAAGAGCUAGAGUACGAACGGCGAAAGUAUAAAUUCAUUCAGAAAAAUAUGACCUGGUACGAAGCUUUGUUCGAAUGUAAAAACAGCAACAUGGAGCUGGUCAGUAUAACAGAUCAGUACCAGCUCUCCUUCAUCUCUACCACUGUCAGCCAAGUGGGUCAGCCCAUGUGGAUUGGACUCUCUAGCCAUGAUGAUGGUAUACACUACAGAUGGCAGGAUGGGAGCUUGGUUACUCUGAAUCGAUGGUCAGAAGAAAGUCAAGAGGAGGAUUGCACCUAUGUUGCUCUCGAUGGGAUGUGGAAAACAAAGAGCUGUGAUAUUCAACUACCCGGGGCAAUUUGUCACGUUCCUCCAGAAAAGCCUGCAAAUAAGACACAGGACAACCACACUGACUGUCCUCACAGGAUCGGGGACAAUGUAUGGAUCCCAUACAGAAACAGCUGUUAUACUUUUCUUUUAACACACAAAAGAUGGAUGUCAAGUGGGACAAGAUAUAUUUGCCACACUGUCCACCCGGACGCCUAUGUCUUGAGCAUCAGAGAUGAGGAGGAAAAUGCCUUUGUCUCUAGUCAUCUCCAGCCAUACGCUGACCUGGCCCGGUGGGUUUGGCUGGGACUUCUGUAUGAUAACAGCGCCAAUGGUUUUCGCUGGCACGAUGAGACCUUUGUACGAUACUCCAACUGGAGAGACGGGCGACCAGCCGUGACAAAUGACAGCUUUUAUGCCGCAAUGAGAAUUGAUGGCUUUUGGGAUAUUUAUUCCAAUCCUAAGGAUUUUCAGCUUUUAUACCUUCAGCAACACUCUAUUGUGGCCUGCAAAAUUGAAAAAGGUUCUAAAGAAGAUUACAUUUCACCCAUGCCGACAGUAAUACCCUAUUCUAACUCUUCAUACUUUGUUCUGAAAAAGAAGCUUACAUGGUUUGAAGCAGCGAGGGAAUGCAAGCAGAAGGACGCUUACCUGGCCAGUGUACACAGUGAACACCACCAAUUGUUUCUGGAGCAUAUUGUCAGGCAGGAUGGGUUUGAAGCGUGGAUCGGACUGUGGAACAAUGACGGAACAACUAUGGAGUGGUCGGACGGUACCGAACUUGACUAUGUACCUCAGGAAUUUGGCAAUGAACUAAUUCCCGGAAACUGCACAUAUCUCAAUCGUAAAGGAGACUGGAACACGAAGAGGUGUAACGAGACUCUGAACGGUGCAAUAUGUUAUAAAUCUGCAAUGCAGUUAAAGUUUUCUAGCGAAGACGAGCUGUGCCCCAAAACACCAGGCACAGGGCGCUGGGUCCGUCACAAGGAUUUCUGCUAUGGCUUUGAUGUGACAAUUUACAACUACACCGUCUAUAACAACAUGGAGGCCAGCACAAUGUGUCAGACUGUGGAUCCCACCUCCACAUUGCUGACUAUAAAUGACGAAGAGGAAAAUGCCUUUGUUAGCAGAUCCCUGGACAAUGAUCCGUAUGUUACCAGACGAAUUUGGCUUGGAGUAAAUUCCAGUAUGACUGGUCUGAAGUCAGUGUGGCUCGAUGGCUCCCCUGUGCAUUAUACAAACUGGGGGUCUGCACAGAAAGAACAAGUGGGCCCUUGUGUUAUAUUGUCACCCCAGACAGGAACGUGGAGUAAAGUACCGUGUGCACCCGGUCAAGGAAGAGUUGUCUGCAAAGCACCUCUGAGAUCCAGUGGAGCAGUGGCUGCCAUCGCGUUUGCAGUGUCUGUGAUUGUCGUUCUCCUCAUCGGAUCUCUCGUCUAUCUCUAUAGAAAGAAAAGUCCUUUCUUCUCUUCGGUUCGGUAUCAGCGCGCAGAGGAUCAGAUGGAGUCCAUGAUCGACUAUUCUUAGGACUGUCGAUAAACCUUUUACUUGCAUUUUUAUUUUGCACAAAUUUUUUAUUGCUGCAUUUUACUGUUAUUUUAUUUAGUCUGUUCUUCAACAGAUUUAAGUUUUUGUUUGUUGUGGAAGACUACUAUGAACCCAAAUAAUGGUGUGUUAGGAGUUUUUUGGACACCUAAUAAGUUUUAAUAAUAAUUUUUCUCUCCAAGCCAAAUUAAAAAUGUUCCGGUUGUUGUUAGAAUUAGAUUUUUUAUAUAUAUUGAAGGUGUUUUAGCAUUUUUGUUAACUUGCAGACGAAUGUUUGGGAGGAGUUCUAAAUUUGUAUGGUACAGUUGGGUAAAAAUUCAGAAGAUUUAAAGUCAUUUAACAGCUUAUCCUGAGGAACAAUAUAUCUGCACCUCAUCCUCUGGUAGUCCGAGCAGCUGUUUGUACUCUAGAGCAGAUCUUCAUAUUCAUUCCUGUAAGAGUCGACAUGAUGCAUCCCUAUCUAAUUUGGAAAGGUAGAAUGUCGCCCAAUCUUGAAUUUCGGCUGUGAAAUGUUCCGCCACGGAAAUUCCACAGUUUGACCAGUAUAGCAGAAUCCUGUUGGAAACAAUGGGACCCUGCUACAAGCGGAUACUUAGCAGUGUGGACUGGCCCUAACAAAGAAAACUUAAGUACUACAAGUGCACGGUCAACUGUUAGAGGGCCUUCAAGUGGAAACUUGCAAUAAAAGUCCAGCAUAAAGGAAACUUGCUCUUUUUCUACUUUAUUACAUUUAAAUUUUUUUAUAAAAAUGCUUACAAUUGCAUGGAACACAGGAAUGAGGUACUACGCGUUUUGGCUUCCAUGCCUUAAUCAUAGAUCUUCUAUGAUUAAGGCAUGGUAGCCGAAAUGCGCCGGCUUUACAAUUGCAUGGAAACACAGGAAUAAAAUCUUUGUUGCAAAAAAUUCCAUAAAACAAAGAGCAGGUUUCCGUUUUGCUGGACUUUUUUUUAAAUGCAAAAAUAAAGCAUGGCGCAAUUCCUAAAUGCAACAAGAUCCCUUUUUCAGUUUGAGACCUUCCUUUGAAUACAGUGGAAGAUCUAUCCCCCGAGGGCUACCUGUUUUUCCAACAAACCAAAUACAAAUACUCGGCAAAGAAUAUGAAGUGCAGAUAUUUUGGUCACAUAUAUCUUUGUUAGUGAAAUUCCAUUAAUCCACCAUGUGAUAAUCGAGCAUAUGUUUUUAAUAAAGCUGCUGUACUACGUAAAACCAUACAAAAGCAGAAGACUGACCAGAGAGAUUUAGAAGAUUGCUCAGAAUAAAAAGGGAAUAUUACAUUUUGGGGAAUAUUACAUUUUGUUUUAACAUUAGGGGAGAUUUAUCAAAACCGGUGUAGAGGAAGAGCGUUGCAG